CAUCUGCGUCACAAUCAGCUAAAGUACAAAGUCAAUAUAUGUGUCAAGAGAAAAACAGCCAAAAUAAUAUUAAGAAUACGGAUAAUUGCAAUUUUACGAAAGGAUCGGAUGUCAAAAUAAAAGCUGGCAAUGCCACAAAUAUGCACAAUAUCCGCGCUAGCUGUAAGGCGGAAGAACUAAGUAAAUUGAAGCUAAAGUGCGAACAAUUGGUUCGAACCUGCAUCACAGGAUUACUGAUUACAAUGUCAAAUGUGGCAUUCAAAGAGAUGGAAGAUGAAAUGAAUAAAGCAGUUUGCUGGUAUCUAUCUUGUGAUCGUUACUGGGAGGAUGGUCCAUUGGAGCCGAGAGCAUUUCCAUGGGGUCUAAUAGUAAUUCUUAUAUUCGUGCUGUCCACAGGAAUCUGUUUCUGUUAUUACAUUAUUUGGAUACUAUUUGAUUCUGACGAGACAGCAAUUAAUUCAAAUCACCACAUUAGUCAACACAAUCAGUGUCUUAAAUAUUCUCCGGAUAGUCCAGGUGGUCAGUUAUUUUCACAUCAACAUAUGCACGACUUAUAUCCUGAACAAUCCCAAGCAGAACAUCCCUACAGUUUAAGACAUUAUUAUGGGGAUCAAAUUCAAAUCGAUACCAGCAGCAGCACAACUCACAGGAACGGUCAGCGUACAUCGACACCAUUACGCCGUCAAGGUCAAAAUAAUCUGCCAUAUCAGGAAAACAAUAGCAAUUCCAAUACAGCAAUAGCAGCAACUAGCACAGCAUCACUAGCUAAUACAAUCGAUUACAAGGUUAAUUCAUUGAGUGACGCAGCCGCAAAGCCAAUCAAUUCUCUUCAGCAUUCAUUGGAUAUGCAUCAUAGCUAUGUGGGCGCAUCUCAGCCAUCUCUACAUGCCUCAUCAUCCGCUCACGACAUCAUCGAAAACGAAGUAGGUCAGAACGAGCACUAUAUUUAUGUUACUUACCCACCCGAUUUGAAGAAACGCUUUUUUGAGAAAUUUGAGUGAUGACUUGCCUAGGACAGAUGCUGUGACAUUAUACUUAACAUAAAUGUUUCAUAAAUUUUAUUUAAAAUUUCAUAAUAUAAAGAGUGCAAUUCUUUAAUAAACGAAUGAACGCAAAAUGAUAUAUGAAGAAUGAUAAAUACACACAAAUAAUUGGUGGAAACCCACUUUGUUACGAUGUACGAUCCACAUAAUUACAAUUUACUUUUCAAGCAAUUAAUUGGGACCAGGAGUUUAAGCUUUUUCUGUAUCCGAAGAAUAAAUUAUUUCAAGUUUUAAUAUA